AUGGGGCCUUGGAGUCGAGUCAGGGUUGCCAAAUGCCAGAUGCUGGUCACCUGCUUCUUUGUCUUGCUGCUGGGCCUCUCUGUGGCCACCACGGUGGCUCUCACCUCCUUUGGGGCCCACUUUGCUGUCAUCCGCCAAGCGUCCCUGGAGAAGAACCCAUACCAGGCUGUGCACCGAUGGGCCUUGUCUGUGGGGUUGAGCCUAGUGGGCCUCCUGACUCUGGGAGCCGUGCUGAGUGCUGCAGCCACCGUGAGGGAGGCCCAGGGUCUCAUGGCCGGGGGCUUCCUGUGCUUCGCCCUGGCGUUCUGCACACAGGUGCAGGUGGCCUUCUGGAGACUCCACAGCCCCACCCAGGUUGAGGACGCCAUGCUGGACACCUACGACCUGGUGUAUGAGCAGGCAGUGAAAGGCACAUCCCACGUCCGGUGGCAGGAGCUGGUGGCCAUCCAGGACAUGUUUCUGUGCUGUGGGAAGAGAUCUCCUUUCAGCCGUCUGGGGAACACAGAGGCUGACCUGUGUCAGGGAGAAGAGGUGGCAAGAGAGGACUGCCUGCAGGGCAUCCGGAGGUUCCUGAGGACACACCAGCAGGUCACCUCUAGCCUGACCACCAUCGGUCUAGCCUUCACGGUGCACGCCUUACUCCUCAGCUCCUUCCUGUGGUUUGCCAUCCGCUCUGGCCGCAGCUUGGAUCGCAAGGGCAAAUACAUCAUGGCCCCACGAGCAUGUGGCCACCAGCCCCAGGAGCCCAGCCUCUUCAGACACUCCCAGGGUAGAGCUGCAAGCUAUCCCCACUCUGAAGCAGAUGCUGUUGGUCCAAGAGGAUGCUCAGGCCAUCUUCAGUGGCUCCAGGACAAGGAUGCUGUGCCUCGGCCCCUGUCCUGCCACCUGCCUGCCCACAGAAGUGAAGAUGCCCCUACUGUCAGCCGUCAUGGGAGGGUUCAAGCUGUGAGCAGGGGAGGGAGUGAGAGCCCCGCCAGAGAGCCAGGCUCCACUGGGAACAGAUGGAAGGGUAAGGGGUGUUUCACCAAAUCCCUCCGUGGGAAUGGGCUAGGUGCAAGCACAGAGGAGGCCACCCUGGAGGGAGCAGCCCAGGGCAGCCUGCGAGACCCUUGUGGUCCACGCCCUGGAGGGCUCUACCCAGACAGAAGCCGCGCUGGUUUUCCAUGCUGUGUAAGAAGCAGCACCCAUUUAUGA